AUGAUCAUCAAAAUUCGUGGCUGCUCCGGAAAACGGAAAAAGAUGGAAGUCAGCGAAACGGAUACGGUCUGGUACAUCCUCCACCAAACGGCCAAACUACGCGCCCAUACCUCGGAGCUGUUUUAUAAAGGCAAAAAGCUGGAGAAAUUCUGUACGCUUGCCUACUACAAAGUAUCCGACGGGGAUCAGCUGCAGAUUGUCGACAGGAAUUCCGAAAAUUGCACCAUUACC